CCGUCAUUGGCACCAAUGCAUGCCGGCACAGGCAAAGUGUGAUUCCUCAGUUGAUUUGAAUUUUUUUUCCUUCCCACUGAGGCCAGCAGCGGACAGUCACGACUAGUCCUUGUGAUUUUGUAGCCCGAGCACCAGCCUUUUCUCUUCGAAUCUCCUCUUCUUGACUUCCGUUUCUGUCACUGUAGGCCGCGUGGUUCGGUAAUACCUUGACCGACGUCUUAAGAUUUCGCGAUGCACAUUCUAGUGACAAACGACGACGGACCGCCCUCGUCCAAGUCUUCACCAUACGUCCUCAGCUUCGUGCGCGCGUUGCAGGCGAAUGGCCACACCGUCUCUGUCUGCCUUCCAAACACCCAGCGCUCGUGGAUCGGCAAAGCACACAUUGUGGGGCAGUCGAUAAGACCAUCGUACUACCGACCUCCUCCUCCAUCCACCGAAAAUACAUUGAACUGCGAUGACGGACACAUAUCGGAUAAACCCCUGCCCGCCUCGAGUCAGGAGGAGGAAUGGAUCCUGGUGGAUAGCACACCGGCGAGCUGUAUACAGAUCGGCCUGUUUCACUAUUUUAAGGAGCGCGGGCCGGUUGACCUCGUAGUGUCCGGCCCGAACUAUGGGCGAAACACCACAGCUGUGUUUGCGCUGUCGUCGGGAACGUUGGGUGGUGCGCUAGAGGCGGCCGUGUGCGGAAAGCGGGCGAUAGCGCUCUCAUACGCCUUCUUUGAUCGCAAUCACGACCCCAAAAUCAUCGCCGGCGCCUGCAAAGCGUCCAUCAGGGUGAUUGAGGCGCUGUACAAACAGUGGGACGACCGAGUUGGCGUAUAUACCGUCAACGUACCUCUGCUGGAAAACGCCGAAAAGCGGGAGGUCGUAUGGACACACAUGCUGCAGAACGCAUGGACGAGCGGCUCCUGUUUUACAGAAGUGGAAGUCUCCUCUGAAGAGGACAAAGACGCGAAUGAGACCGAGCAAGAGAUACGUCGGUCCGAGUCGAUGAGCUCGGAGCGGCCAGCUGCCAUGAUGAAGGCGUUGCAGGAGGGAUCAGAUCAAGGCAAGCAUCUGAGGUACACGCAUAAGCAUUUCAAGUGGACGCCAAAGUUCAAGGACGUGUAUGACUCCGUGGAAAAAGCUGGCCCGGGCAAUGAUGGCUGGGCAGUAAAGGAGGGUCAGAUCAGCGUAACUCCUUUGCAAGCAAACUUCAUGCAUGUCCCUGGCUACAGCGGCACCUUCACCAUAUGAUUAACCGGUUGAAAAAUGCAAAUAUGAUGCAUUGGGAUAUCAGCACAUAAGCUUAGUUCGAGAAACAUUUAGCGGCAUGAGGAAAAGUAGAUUUUAGACGCAUCACGAGAACGGUUAUGCUAAUGACAUAGUUUGGGAUGUUGCUUCUCUUCUGCUCACCACACUAAGUCUUGGCAGGUUUGGGCUAAACAUUUACAGUUCGUUUACACUUUAAAAAGCUCGUAUGGCCGAAGCUCUGAAUGUCGCUCUGCAGCAGUCAACGAUCCUUAACGCAAUGCGCGCGCAGGCCUAGUCUUUAUUAAGCACUCCGUUCCUCGUUCAAUCUGCAAUCAAGUGAC